AUGGUGAGCAAAACAGAGGAAGAACAAGUGAAUAGAUUGGAAAACCAAGUGGAGAACGGGGGAGGCGGCGCGUGGGAAUACCUCUGCCUCGUCGGAAAGCUCAAGCUUCGCCGGUCGGACAGGGUCUUGAAGUACGGCUGCUCCAUUCUCAACGACCCCAAAAAGCGAUCUGCACUCGGCCCAGAAGAAUGGACUUUAUAUGAGCAAGUUGCUGUUGCAGCUAUGGACUGCCAGCGUCUUGAUUUGGCUAAGGAAUACGUCAAGAUUUUACAGAAGAAAUUUCCAGAGAGUAAACGAGUUGGUAGGCUCGAAGCAAUGUUUCUCGAAGCUAAGGGAAUGUUAGCAGAGGCUGAAAAGGCUUACUCGAACCUUUUAGAAGAAAACCAAUUUGAUCAGAUAGUACACAAGAGAAGGGUGGCUAUUGCGAAGGCGCAAGGGAAUCUUUCAGGGGCAAUUGAAUGGUUAAACAAGUACCUUGAAAUAUUCAUGGCAGAUCAUGAUGCAUGGAGAGAGCUAGCUGAAAUUUAUGUCUCUCUACAAAUGUAUAAGCAAGCUGCCUACUGUUAUGAGGAACUGAUCUUAUCUCAGCCAACCAUUCCGUUAUAUCAUCUCGCCUAUGCUGAUGUUCUAUAUACUGUUGGAGGACUCGAAAAUCUUCAUGCAGCAAAGAAAUAUUAUGCAGCAACCAUAGACUUGACAGGCGGCAGGAAUACUCGAGCUCUCCUCGGCAUAUGCUUAUGUGUUUCUGCUAUCAGCCAGCUGGUGAAAGGGCGUAACAAAGAAGAUAAAGAAAGCUCGGAACUGCAAUCGCUCUCAGCACAAGCACUGGAGAAAAUAUACAAGCAGCAAUCCCCGGCCAAACUUUCUCUUGUGAGUUCCAUGUUGAGAAGAUUGAAAGUCUCGUCAUGA